CAAAUUAAAGAUGGUAAUAUUGUGCUGUUUUUAAAAAAUAAAUCAGGAAGUAAAGUGUGUGAGUGAGACAGUGUUAUCAUUUGUUUGCAUUUUGCUCGUUUAAAUAAAACUUCAUCUUCGACGGAUGAUCACAAGUCAUUGCGGGUUGUCUGGGAUACGUAACAAUACUGAUUCAACCAAAUCAAAGAUGCUGUUGUCGGCUGUGACGCUUUUGCUGUCGGUGCUGUUCGCACAAUGCACUCCGACUUUGACGUCAUAUGGUGACGCUAUUCAAACUGGGGUCUACAACAUGAGUCAUACGACCGAGACAUUGUUCAAAAUGUUCAAAGACACUCAUGAACGGAAAUGUGACAGUUUAGCAGAGGAGGAAAAACGACGUCAGAUAUUUGCUGAUAACAUCAGGUAUAUCAACAAACACAACGCCAAGUACGUCAGCGGAGAGUCGACGUACUAUCUCGGGAUCAAUCAGUUUACAGACAUGACCUAUGAAGAAUUUGCUGAACAAUUUGCCAAUCUUCAAAACAAAGAUAUUUGGACAGGGAAUGUGUCCAUUUAUCUCUUGCCAGCAAAUUAUGCAGCGCCAUCUUCCGUUGAUUGGAGACAAAAGGGAUAUGUGACGCAAGUCAAGGACCAAGGAAACUGCGGUUCGUGUUGGUCAUUUAGUGUUACUGGUACCAUCGAAGGUCAGCUUGCCAGGCAGACUGGAACACUUAUCCCACUGAGUGAACAACAACUCAUUGACUGCUCUAGACAGUACGGAAACAUGGGGUGUAACGGAGGAUACACUGGUAGAACUCUUCAGUAUGUCACCGACCAGCCAGGCAUAGUAGGCGAGGCGGACUAUCCAUACAGAGCAGGGGACUCCUAUCCAUGUUCAUUUACCAAGAGCAACGUAAGGGCCAUAAUUCGUGGAUACUAUACCGUCAAUCCAGGCGAAGAUAAUCUGGAGACCGUCACCGCUUCAGUGGGGCCUAUCUCUGUUUCCAUGUACAUCAACAGGAACUUCCAGCUGUAUCAGGGAGGUGUCUUCUACGACCCAUCAUGUUCCAGCACUGCGAUCGGACGCCACGCCGUGCUGGUUGUGGGCUAUGGAUCGAGCCCCUCCAACUACUGGCUCGUGAAGAACUCCUGGAGCUCCGGAUGGGGUGAAGAAGGCUACAUAAGGAUGGCCAAAGAUAGUGACAACAUGUGCGGCAUUGCUUCGGAAGCCGUGUUUCCCCGUGUGUGAACAGAACAUUUCACUUUUUUUAUGAACAACGCUUUUCGCGUUGUGUCGGCAAAUCAAGGCCAAUAGUAAAAUCGCAUAAAUGGCAUUACGUUGGUGUUUACUUUGUUAAAGACAGAGUAGCCGUACUAAUAAAAAGAAUUUGAUUUGUA